CUCCAUGAAUCCUAUAGCUACUAUUUAUUGACUCCCAGUGUGUGCUGGGCAUGCCUCCUUUUAUUAGCUCCCAGAGUACCCUAGGCUUCCCCUGUGAUUACUCAUUUAAUGUCUGCUUUCUCUGUUAGCCUGAAAGUUUUCUGACUUCUGGUUUUGUAUAUCACUGUAGGGUCGCUAUGAGUCAGAAUCUACUCAACGGCAGUGGGUUUGGUUUUUGUUUUUUAUAUCACUGUGACUCGUACAUAGAAGGUGCUUAGGAAUUGUUCAUGGAAUGCAUGGAUGGAGCCCACGAAUCAGCAUGCAGAUUGCUCUAAAAAAUGUGACGCUUUUUUUCCCCCUUUUAACUUACCCCUACCCACUGAAGGCCUACCACUCUUCUCUCAUGGACCCUGACACCAAACUCAUUGGAAACAUGGCGUUGCUACCUAUCAGAAGUCAGUUCAAAGGACCCGCCCCUCGAGAGACAAAAGAUACAGAUAUUGUAGAUGAGGCCAUCUAUUACUUCAAGGCCAAUGUGUUCUUCAAAAACUAUGAAAUCAAGAACGAAGCGGAUAGGACCUUGAUAUAUAUAACACUCUACAUUUCUGAAUGCCUGAAGAAACUCCAGAAGUGCAAUUCCAAAAGCCAGGGCGAGAAAGAAAUGUACACCCUGGGAAUCACCAACUUCCCCAUUCCUGGAGAGCCCGGUUUUCCACUUAAUGCCAUUUACGCCAAACCUGCAAACAAACAGGAAGAUGAAGUGAUGAGGGCCUACUUACAGCAGCUAAGGCAAGAGACGGGACUGAGGCUUUGUGAGAAAGUUUUUGACCCUCAGAAUGACAAACCUAGCAAGUGGUGGACUUGCUUUGUGAAGAGACAGUUCAUGAACAAGAGUCUUUCAGGACCUGGACAGUAAAGGGAACCUGGGCAGACACUGUCUCCGCAGCCACAGGCAGCGUUUUACAGCAAGAUGUACACAGUCCUUUGCGUUUAUUUCAUAAAGUUUUACAUGGAAGAGAGAAGAAAGCAUGUCUUUACUUGAAACUCUCUUUAUCAAGAAUUCGGGGAGGUUAUGGAAGGAUGAUUUGAAAUUUUUUUUGCAAUAUUAAGCUGGUGCUUAAUAAGUGAUAAUAAACACGUUUCUAACAUUCUACGUC